CACUCUCUCUCAAUUCUCAAGCACCUACGGCGGCGUUCGUAGGGGCUUGAGGCCCCGAUCAAACUCCACUCUUUGCAGCAGCGCUUCCACUCGCGGGCCACCACCAAGGCCAAUAUCUCUCCGAAGGACAAAGUUCAACGUCUUCCUCCACAAAAUUGAGAUAGUAAAAUAAUAAUAACACUAGCAUUUUACAGGCAUGGAAGAUCCAAAUUCCAGUGUUCCCAAUAAUAAUCCGAAUGACAUGCACCCGGAUGCAAUUUUUAACUUUCUGGACUUUGAAAAUCAAGUUGAGGACUUAACCACUCAGGAUAUAUCCAUGUUAAGUGCCUUUUCAAUUCAUGAUCCGUCCAAUGAGGAAAUUGCUAAUGAUAGUAUUGAUCCUUUAGAUGAUCCUGUCAUCUGGGAUUUCUAUAAUGAGGAUAAUGCGGGGACUUCUCAAGCGGGUUUUUUGGGGCUCCCUGGGGGAAUGAAUAAUCCAACAGAAACAAAUAUGGGAACAGAAAGUUUAAAUUUUGAGAAUUCAAUGCCACUUUCAGUUUGGCCAAUUGGACCGGUCCCAUUUGGUUGCAGUUGUUGCCAAGUACUAAGAGAAAUCGUUCACACUAAUGGCAUUAAUGUUACGAAACUUGAGAUUCAUGGAAGACUUGGAAUAAUCUGUCAUGCUAUUCUUACUGAUCGAUCGGGUAGUACUAAUGCUGUUGCUCCGGGCCAUCAGUACCAAAUGUUCGAUUUCUGCAAAAAGAGCAUUGAGUAUGUGAAGCAGUUUCUAAGUCAGUAUUGCUUCCAUCGAAGCCAAACCGGAUACGUCAUCGUUCAGGAUCCACUCUCAGGUUUCUAUGAGGCCUUAUGCGUGGGGUUUCUUUGGGAUGAAAAUUUCAAAAAUGGCGACUUCAUGCAACCAUCUUCGUCACAUGCAGGGGGGUUCCGGAUGGACCAACCAGGAAACAGCAAUAACCGAGGGAAACAUCCUAAGCCCUCCCUGUCAAUACAGAGGGAGAGAACCAGAAAUCUAACCUUGAAAGAUAUAGAAAAAUACUUCCAUCUGCCUAUUGAGGAGGCAGCCAGGAGCUUGGACUUGUCUGUCACUGUAUUGAAGAAGAUAUGCCGCAGAUAUGGCGUGUUAAGAUGGCCCCAUAGAAAGAUUCAAAGCAUGGAGAAGCAAAUAGUCCUUUGGACUGGUAAACUAAAUUCAAAUGAUCCAGAAGAAAGGGAUCGUGCUGCAAAAAUAAUCCUGAAACUGCAACGAGGGAUAACCAAAAUUCGUGGGGGAGCUAGAUGACUAACAAAUUUGACAAAAUUAUAAUACCUAA